AUGAGCGGCAAGGGAGGGCCAGACCUGAAGAAGUACAUGGACAAGCGCGUCACAUUGAAGUUGAACGCGAACAGAAAUAUCACUGGGAUCUUGCGUGGAUACGACCAGUUCAUGAACUUGGUGUUGGACCAUACUCAGGAGGUUGUGACCCCCACACAGAGAAACGAGAUCGGCAUGGUGGUGGUGAGGGGAAACAGCAUAUCGAUGGUAGAAUGUGUGGAUAGAGUGUACGGCUGA